AUGGAUUUCAUGAAACCAGAAACAGUCCUUGAUUUAAACAAUAUCCGUCAAGCGUUAGUUAGGAUGGAGGAUUCUAUUGUGUUUGAUUUAAUUGAAAGAUCACAAUUUUAUAGUUCUCCAUCAGUAUACGAGAAAAAUAGAUUUGAGAUUCCAAAUUUUGAUGGUAGUUUCUUGGAAUGGGCAUUAUUACAAAUAGAAAUAGUUCAUUCUCAAAUCAGAAGAUUUGAAGCUCCUGACGAAAGUCCAUUCUUUCCAUCCAAGAUCUUAAAACCAAUCUUACCUCCUAUUGACUAUCCGAAAGUGUUGGCAAGUUAUACUGAUGAAGUUAAUGUGAAUCAAGAGAUCUUGGAUUAUUACGUGAAUGAAAUAGUACCAAAAGUAAGUUGUAAAGAAGGUGAACAGUUGGAGAAUUUAGGUUCUGUUUCUUCAGCAGAUAUUGAAUGUUUACAAGCAAUUUCUCGUAGAAUUCAUUUUGGGAAAUUUGUAGCAGAAGCAAAAUAUCAAAGUGAUAAACCUUUAUAUAUUAAUUUGAUUUUAAAUAAAGAUAUUAAAGGAAUUGAAGCAUCAAUUACCAAUAGUGCAGUUGAAGAGAAAAUUUUACAAAGAUUAAUUAUUAAAGGUGAACAAUAUGGAACUGAUCCUUCAAUGAAAUAUAGUCAAAAUCCUCAAAGUAAAGUAAAUCCUGAAAUUAUUGCCAAAAUUUAUAAGGAUUGGAUUAUUCCUUUAACUAAAAAAGUUGAAGUGGAUUAUUUAUUAAGACGCUUGGAAGAUGAAGAUCCAGCUGUAGUUGAACAACACAGGGCCUAG